UUGACUCUUGUAGUCUCGCGAGGACGCGGUAACGCUUAACACCAAGCGAAUUUGAGGGAGAUGGGAAGAAAUGAGGUCUGAUAAGGACCAAAUGACCGCGGGUAAGGAGAAAAGCAUCUUCGAGAUACAAUUAAAAGACGUCCCAAGAGAGCAAGAAAACAUUCCCGCCAACGCUAAGCCGAAAGAGGAGAAGAAGGAGGUUUUCACCAAGGUGGUUAUUCGAAGACUCCCUCCUAACCUGUCAAAGGAACAACUGGAAGAGCAUCUCAGUCCUCUUCCGUCUUAUGACUACUUUGAGUUUUUCCCAGCAGAUCAAAGUCUCUAUCCCCACCUCUUCUCCCGAGCUUAUAUCAACUUUAAAAGCACAGAAGACAUCCUGCUGUUCAGGGAUCGAUUUGACGGCUAUGUCUUUAUUGACAACAAGGGUCAGGAAUAUCCUGCUGUGGUAGAGUUUGCUCCUUUCCAGAAGAUUUCCAAAAAGAAGCUGAAGAAGAAAGAUGCCAAAGCCGGAAGCAUUGAAGAAGAUCCAGAAUACAAGCGAUUUUUGGAAAACUACUCCUGUGAUGAGGAGAAGUCCAUGGCUAAUCCUGAGAUACUUCUUGGGGAGAUAGAAGCUAAGACCAGAGAGCUCAUUGCCAAACGAACAACACCUCUCCUGGAGUACAUCAAAAAUAAGAAAAUCGAAAAACAGAGGAUAAGAGAGGAGAAGAGGGAAGAGAGAAGAAGAAGGGAGCUUGAAAAGAAAAGGCAACGGGAGGAGGAGAAACGAAAGCGGCGAGAGGAGGAGAGACGCAAGCGAAAAGAGGCAGAGAAGCAGAAGAAACUGUCCGAUAAAGACAUCAAAAUUAAGCUCCUAAAGAAGAGCGACAGAGACGAUGACGUUGAUUCAGACCGAAUGAAGGAAAAAAGUGAGCCUUGUGAUGCAGGUGUGGGCAAGUGGGAGAAAACUGGAGGACAAAUGAAGUCAAAAGAACCAAAAGAAAACAGAGGUCAGGCUGAGAGCGACAAAGAGCAGAGAGAUCAGCACGGCCGCAGGCAGAGAGAUAAGGAUCACCGCGGCAAGGACGAGGAGAGAAAACGGCAACGACACCACUACGAAUUCGAUAAGUUCAUGCGGCGGAAAGACGAGACCAAAUGGGGGAAGGGCUACUGCCAGGACCGAGCCAAGAAAGAGGGCCAUCAUCAUGGCUAUUCUUACUGUCCUGACGGGGCAGACAAAAUGGGAAAGGAGGACAGGGAGGACCUGAGCAACAGAAAGGAACGCCUCCGAAACAAGGUGAGCGAGAAGGACCGUCCUGCCAUGCAGCUUUAUCAGCCCGGCGCGCGCAACAGGAAGCGCAUGAGUUCGGCUAAUAAAGGCUAUGACUGCCUCCCUAUCGGCCAUUCCCCCGAAUGCAGGACGGAGCAUUGUUAUGAGGUUGUUGCCAUGACAGCGGGGAUCGAAAGGGGGUUUGAGAAAAGCAAAGACGAGCAGUGAAUACUCUAGGUCUCAAGAGGAAAGUAAUGGGGCAUAAAAAUUAGUAUUGAAGGGAAGCUGCUGUCAAUGGCUGACUGAUUUCUUUCUUCCUGUUUGUAGGUUGGUAAUGAAAUUGUAUCUGUGGAACUUUCUUCCUGCUAUCUGGCUUUCAGGCCUGUCAACUUUUAAGGUACUCUACUCUCGCUCUUUGUGGUAAAGAAGCGUCUCAAUUAAGACAUCCAGGAAAAAUUUACUUUCAAGGCAAUGACCUUGCCUUCUGCAUGAGAACUUCUUUCCAACAUCUAGUAUAUUUUGUGAUUUGUGUUGUUUUUAGUUGUCAUAUAUAUUUCUAUUAAUAUAAAGCUAUUGUUGGUAAAACUGACAGACAACAGAUCUUUUAAAAAGUAGGGUAAGAAAUGUCCUUUAUUAUAUGUGCAGGCAACCAGCAGACUAAAAAUUGAUUAUACAAUCAAAUUUCAAUGCCACGAUUUAUUUAUUUAUUUAUUUUUGUCAGUAAUUAUUUGUACAUAAUCAACUACAGUGCCACAAGAAAGUAUCCUUUUAUGCUUUUCCAUAUUUUAUUGCAUUAGAUUUGUCUUAAAACUGAUUUGAGUGUAGUUUUUUUUUUUAAAUACCUUACUAUAUUUAGUUUAGUUAUAGUAUAGUUUUCUAUAAAAAUGUUAAAACACAUUUUCCGACAAUUUUGUAAGUAAGAAAAGAAAACACACAAAUAUAGUAGGUGCAUAAGUAUUCACUACAUCGGAUCACAACUGAUGAGCGGCAGUAACAUUUGAUGAAUUUUGUGGCUGAAUGUGAUUGCUAGUAGAACACAUUUGUCCAUACAAGGUCUUACAGUUGACAGAGCAGAGCAAAAACCAAGCAGUGAAGUCAAAGGAGUUUUCUGUAAGACCCCCAAAGACUGGAUUCUAUUAAAUCACAAAAACUGGCACGCAUCACCACCGUCAUUUUUUAGUAAUGCAUCCAUGGAAGCCUUGUCUAGGACCUUUCAUAGAUUUGGCCCCCCGACCCGAUACUCUGAACCUCCGACAAAGGUAAAAAAAACAAAUCUUCAAGCAAAACAAUGACACAAA